AUGACAUAUUUCUCGCGAAACGUGCGUGCCGAACGGACGAGAAGUGUUAAUUGUAAUCGUAGGUAGCGACCGGCGAAGAAAUGGCAGUAUCUGGCUGGAUGAAUUGGGGUAGGAUCCUCCGAACGAGCAGACCACACCGUGGUCGACAAGAUAACGAAGACAGUAACGUGCAGCUUGAUCUGUCAAAAGAUUUAAAAGAAAAUAUAAAAGAGGUUUUAACAAACCUUUGUCAACGUCAAGGAGUUUCAAGUGUAAAAAAACUAGCAUAUUUGAAUGCUAUUGUGAAGCUUUUGGAUGAAGAAGAUGAUACUGACUAUGGCUAUGGUACAGAGGAAUUACUUUGUUGUUUACGUGUGGGACUUGUGCAAGAGGCGACACAAGUGCGUGCGGCUGCGUUACGGGUGGUGCGCUACAUGCUCAAAAAGGAACAAGACAUUGUUAUGAUGAACAAACUGCAAUAUCCAUAUCUAGUUGCACGCAGCAUGGAUGUCAAUCUGCGAAAUGAAAUGGAAAGGAUCCAAGCUCUAAGGCUUGUCAGAAGAAUAUUACUAUUGUCUCCAAAACACUUUAGUCCCGCUUUAGCACGAUCUCUAGUGAGUCUAACAAAUGGCGGCAUUGAGGAGAAAGACCGUUCUUUUCGUGUAUUCCUAGCGACUUUAUGUGAGCUGGGAGUUUUAAAUUCCAAUUUACUAAUAAGCUGUGGUGGGAUUGGAGCAUUAGUUAGGGCAGCAAUGACCACCCAGAGUGCUUCAAUUAUUGAAUCUGUAGUAGGAGUGCUUCUAAGGUUGCUAGCAAAUCCUGACACCAGGAGUGGAGUGUCGCUGUUGUCACUAGCAGCUCCUUACUGCGAACUGCAUUCCUAUGGGAUAGAGUGCACGAAAGAGGAACGUGACCAGAGAUUCGCUGCAAGCAAAUUAGCCUUACUGAGUGUAUUGCGCUCUUAUUCUGGAGUGAUUCACUUCUGUCAUCCAAAUAACAGUUCAGGACUCCGUGCCAUCUCAGACGUUUUAUACGUUGAGCAACUCGAAGUGCGUGGUGCAGUGUUAGAACUACUAUAUGAACUACUUGGUUUGCCUUUACCAAUGUGGACAGACGAGCCUGAUGUUGCACUGGCUGCGGUAGACCCAAGUCGAUUUCGAGAUUCUUGGAAACUGUCCGAAGGCUUCAUGGUUGCUGAAGGAAAAGCAAUCCUACCAUCGCUCUCCUUUCAUUGUCCCAACAUCACUGAAAUUCACCUGUCUCUAUUGGUAUAUGUACUACUCGAGUGUGGACUACAUAGAGCCCUUGCAGAAACCAUCGUUACGUCCGAUACCUUCAUCUCCGUACGAGCUGCAGUACUUCUAGGAGCCUUGCUUCAUUUAGCUCAUUCGUUACUACCUCCGGAAGUCUGUGAUCUGACUCCACCGUUACCUAACCUUCUGGAACAUGCAAGUACUGGAAGACAUCAGGCUCUUGCAGCUGUAGCCAUACUAGGCCGAAUGCAUGCCAUGAUGCGUCGAAGACCAGGGCCUGUUAGUUUGUACCUAGAUCGAUUGUUACAAGCAGGUUCCUGGCUACGUCCUACGUUACCGCGAAGACAACGUUCUACAAGUCGCCACUGGCUACGCCGUGAAUCUCCUACAACUCCACUUCUCAAGGAUGCUCAAGUACUCAGUUCGAAGGAUGCUUUGGCAUGGAAUUGGCCAGUAGUACGUUCUAUUUUGCGUUCCCGAGAGGAUACCUUGCGAAUCCUUCACGAUUCGGAUUAUAGAUUAUUUAUUAAACGUUUAGUUCGCUACUUCAAGCCAUCCUCAAAUAGAUAUAGUAGAGUCGAGCUAGGUACUAAUGCGACGUUGGCUAGAGAAGCUACAUUAGCUGGCUGUGACCUACUUAACUUUUUGUUAGAAUUGCAUGAAGCGGAAGGAACUAGACUUUUACAUGAACUCGUUGAAGAUAUUGCUAAUCACGUAGUAGCAAUUCGUGCAGGUCAAUCUGCCCACGACUGUCUAUUCUCACCACGUCACAUGGUCACGACGUGUUGUCAGAAGUAUUUCCUGUUCCUGGGCCAGUUAAGUCACUCGGCAAAGGGCACAGUGAUCCUCAAAAGUUUUAAUCUCCUAGAUAAGCUCCAAGAAUUAGCACUUUAUACAAAUCAUGAUUGUUACUACAAACUGGUCCUGUCCAGUCUCGAUUAUUCGCGAGAAGGUCCAAAUCGCAAAAUCAUGAGCAAAGUCAUAGCAGAGGCUCCAACGGAAGGUGCGCGACGUUAUGGUACACAAUUAUUAAGAUUAAUACUCAGGUCAAAAAUGUCAGACGCAUAUCGAUGGGCUUUAUCUUUACUGGCUGACAGAUUGUCAGACAUUAGUAAAGGGGUAUCAAGAUCUGCACUUGACGUAUUGCAUGAAGCCUGCGAGGAACCCGAAUACCGGGAAGCACUUCUUGAGCAAGGACGUCACUACAGGAACUGGGACCUUUGGUUGAAACCUCUAGGUGAACGUGGAUAUUUAUUAAAAGUGAGAAUGUACUCCCUACGAAACGGAUUCGCAACUAUGUCGUCUCCAGCUGAAGAACUAGAAAAGUGGAUUGGACCAGGUGGCUUUGCAGAACGCUACGUCGGUUUAGUGGAGGAAGACAUUCAUGAUUCUUUGACACGUCGUCAACGAGGAGAAGACGGAAACUAUCACAGACGAACAAGUAACAUACUUCCAACACCUCGCGAUGUCUUCACACCUCCUCAUCUGAUAGGUCAACUGGCGCAACACGAUUCAGGGAUGCAACUUCUGAUACGAAGAAACGUGGUGCAGAGAUUUGCACGUGUAAUUCAGAGGUUUAGAAUGGAAUUUCGCACAACAGACACUGAGUCUACCUCUAAGGGAAGUAAGGGUAAUCAUCUGAUCCUAGAAGACGCUUAUCUACUCUCCGAGGAAUCUGGCACGGAUGAUACUGUAGAGUCUAAUCGGCUAGAGACCAUUGUGGACUCUGAGAUAAUGGAGAUGAUAGAAUCUCGUUCACCUCGCAAGGCGGAAUCUCUGCUGGAGAUUCGCCGGAAGUCGAGUCUCGAUGACUCCAGACGUACAACACCAGAAAGAAGUUGGAGAGGAGAUCCAGAAUCACGGGAAGAGGCUGCGCGGAAUUUAGACAAUAGUAUCCUCAAAGUAAAAGCGGCACUCUGGUCACUGGGACACGCAGGAACGUCUGUAGCUGGAGUAGAACAACUAAUGCAUCUAGGUAUCAUAGAAAUGAUAACGGCAAUGGUGGAAACGUGUCCAUAUUAUACAGUACGUGCAACAGCCAUGUAUUCUCUGUGUUUGAUUGCUACGACUCGUGCUGGCGCGGAUGCAUUGACAGCUUUUGACUGGCCCAGUGUUAGAUAUAGACGUGGAGAUCAAUGGCCGGUAGUACCACCUACUAAUAAUUAUCCAGUGCCAAGUCCGGUUCCUAUUCAAAGGCAUCACCGUAGUUUGAGCGAUGGCAAACCGGAACUACAGCAACCUGUAGCACGGAGAACUAGGAACCGGUCUGAAAGUGCAGCUACGGACCUUGAAGCUAGACGAUAUGCCUUACCAGAGAGGGGCGAGACCCCGAGUCCUGGUGCAAGUAAUCAGAGGCUGAGUCAGCAAGAUGCUGAUGGAUACGCACGGCUUCGCAGUUUGCAGCGUCAUCGUAGACCAAGUUAUUCUCAAAAUAGUUUAGAAAUGCAUAGCUUAGAUGGGAGACUCUCGUUACAGAGUCUUUUAGAAUAUGAAACCUCUCGCAGCUGGGCUCCGGAUCACGUGGUAUCUGCGACGCCACCACCUACGGAAGACGAUAACCUCAACGCACGUUACAUGGGUAUAUGCCUUCCUAGGAAACUCAGUGAAAUAUUUCCAGAUCCACCGCAUCCAACACCUUCCAUUAUAUUGGAUGAUUUUGGUAAACCGGAUGUUGAGCCUAACGAGAUGGACGAGGAAUCAGGAUCAGAAUACGAUGCUGCUGGGGAACACUGUCGCGUGUGUUUAAUCUGUUACCGUAAAGCUAACAGUAAAGAGACUACUAUCGGGGAUACAGAUGGAAAGUUACGGAAGGAAAUACUGAGACAUGUGCAACGUUUAGCAAAUCCCGUUUGGUAUAGACACAGUCGUCAAGUCCUACUUAGGUUAAGGCAAAGAUAUCCUGAAAAAUUUCAGGAUACGUGCUUAUUUUCGGAAGUUGCUACCCGACUAAGCAGCGGCACUUACAGACUUCCUGCCCGACGGUUUUUACAAGAAUUAUUUUUGGAUUCACCGUUUGAGGCGCUGUAUGCGGAGCCGAUGCUCAUCUUGGAAAUGCCUGUGGGUACCGAAGAGAAUCCUCCGCAACCAUUGGUUCCUACUUCUCCUGCGCAAAGUCCGCGGUUAUCAAUUAGUUCUCCAGAAUCAAAAAUAAAUGGACGGCCUACGCUAUCCGACAGUCAAGUUGCACAGUUGUCUGUGGUGAACGAAGAAGCCACCGGGGAGCCACGCGCUACGCAACCACGCAAUAACAGUCAAGUUGUCACGAGGAUAACAGAACGUCGUAGCGACGAGAAAAUUAUAGCUGAGAUUUUAAAGCCUGAAGAGAGAAUACGAAUAUCAAAGAGUUCCGAUAAGUUAUUAAAAGUCACAGGUGCAAACACUGUCAUUAGCCUCGACUAGUUCUCCACAUAUUUCAAAAUAUCUGUACAUAUUUUAUAUUAAAGUAAUUGAGCAAGAGGAAAUAAAAACAGACACUGCCAGGA